AUGGCGUCGUUAAUCCGAAACAACUGUCGCAAGGUGAUUUGCAUAGGCCGCAACUAUGCCGAGCACAUUAGCGAGCUCAAUAAUCAGCGUCCCAAGCAGCCCUUCUUCUUCCUCAAACCUCCAACAUCAAUCCUAUUGCCCAAUGCCGGACCAGUCUUGAGGCCGAAGGGGGUCGACCUCCACUAUGAGGUCGAACUCGGUCUAGUCAUCGGAAAGACCUUACGGGACCUACCACUGUCGUCCGACGACAGCGCCUGGAAGAGCGCGAUCGAGUCAUAUAUCGUCUCGAUCGACAUGACCGCACGAAACGUCCAGGACGAAGCAAAAAAGAAGGGACUACCUUGGGAUAUCGCAAAGGGUUUCGAUACCUUCCUGCCAAUCUCUGCGCCCGUUCCGAAAGGCACCAUCACAGAUCCUCAUGAUGUGGAGCUGUGGUUGAGCGUGAACGGCAAAAUGCGCCAGCACGACAGCACAAAACUCAUGUUGUUCCAGAUCGGGCGGCAGCUCAGCGAUAUCUCGCGGGUGAUGACUCUCGAGAAGGGUGACAUUGUGCUCACGGGCACUCCCAAGGGCGUGGGCCCUGUUGUCACGGGAGAUGUCAUGGAGGCAGGAUUGAAGGUCGACGGUCGGGAUAUCGAAGAGGCGCGGAUCAAGGUUGAGAUUCAAGAGCGGGAAGGCCUGUACAACUUUGCGGAGACGUAA